GUUCCACUUCCGGCGUACGAGGCGGUGACAAUGGGAGCGGCGCGGGCGGCGCCGGGAGGCAGCUGACAGGCGUCUGCGGCUUCGCUUCAUGGCCGCUCUCCCGCCCCGCCUGUGCUGUGUGGGGAGUGGGGAAGCCCGUGGCGGCCUGGAGCCGGAGCUGGCGAGCCGAGCGAGGACUUGAGUUGCCGCGCCGUUGAGGCGCAGCAUGUGAAGAGGAGACGGCAGCCAGUGCAAGGCGAGCCUCUCAGCCGGCCGGGAUGGCUACGACGGCCGAGCUCUUCGAGGAGCCGUUUGUGGCAGAUGAGUAUAUCGAACGUCUUGUGUGGAGAACUCCAGGAGGAGGCUCUAGAGGAGGACCUGAAGCUUUUGAUCCUAAAAGGUUACUAGAAGAAUUUGUAAAUCAUAUUCAAGAACUCCAGAUAAUGGAUGAAAGGAUUCAAAGAAAAGUAGAGAAGUUGGAGCAACAGUGUCAGAAAGAAGCCAAGGAAUUUGCCAAGAAGGUACAAGAGCUUCAGAAAAGCAAUCAGGUUGCCUUCCAGCAUUUCCAAGAACUUGAUGAGCACAUCAGCUAUGUAGCUACCAAGGUCUGUCACCUUGGAGACCAGUUGGAGGGGGUAAACACACCCAGACAACGGGCAGUAGAGGCUCAAAAACUGAUGAAAUAUUUUAAUGAGUUUCUAGAUGGGGAAUUGAAAUCUGAUGUUUUCACAAAUUCUGAAAAGAUAAAAGAGGCAGCAGACAUCAUUCAGAAGUUGCACCUAAUUGCCCAGGAGUUACCUUUUGAUAGAUUUUCAGAAGUAAAAUCCAAAAUUGCAAGUAAAUACCAUGAUUUAGAAUGCCAGCUGAUUCAGGAAUUUACCAGUGCUCAGAGAAGAGGUGAAAUCUCCAGAAUGAGAGAAGUAGCAGCCGUUUUACUGCAUUUUAAGGGUUAUUCCCAUUGUGUUGAUGUUUAUAUAAAACAAUGCCAGGAGGGUGCUUACUUGAGAAAUGAUAUAUUUGAAGAUGCAGCAAUACUCUGUCAACGGGUGAACAAACAAGUUGGUGAUAUCUUUAGUAAUCCAGAAACAGUACUGGCAAAACUUAUACAAAAUGUGUUUGAAAUCAAACUACAGACUUUUGUGAAAGACCAGUUAGAAGAAUGUAGGAAGUCUGAUGCAGAGCAAUAUCUCAAAAAUCUCUAUGAUCUAUAUACAAGAACCACCAAUCUUUCCAGCAAGUUGAUGGAGUUUAACUUAGGUACUGAUAAACAGACUUUCUUGUCUAAGCUUAUCAAAUCCAUUUUCAUUUCCUAUUUGGAGAACUAUAUUGAGGUGGAGAUUGGAUAUUUGAAAAGCAGAAGUGCAAUGAUCCUACAACGCUAUUAUGAUUCAAAAAAUCAUCAGAAGAGGUCCAUUGGCACAGGAGGUAUUCAAGAUUUGAAAGAGAGAAUUAGACAACGUACCAACUUGCCACUGGGACCAAGUAUUGAUACUCAUGGGGAAACUUUCCUGUCUCAAGAAGUGGUGGUUAAUCUUUUACAAGAAACCAAACAAGCCUUUGAAAGAUGUCAUAGGCUCUCUGAUCCUUCUGAUUUACCAAGGAAUGCCUUUAGAAUUUUUACAAUUCUUGUGGAAUUUUUAUGUAUUGAGCAUAUUGAUUAUGCUUUGGAAACAGGACUUGCUGGAAUUCCUUCUUCAGAUUCUAGGAAUGCAAAUCUCUAUUUUUUGGAUGUUGUGCAACAAGCCAAUACUAUUUUUCAUCUCUUUGACAAGCAGUUUAAUGAUCACCUUAUGCCACUAAUAAGUUCUUCUCCUAAGUUAUCUGAAUGCCUACAAAAGAAAAAAGAAAUAAUUGAACAAAUGGAGAUGAAAUUGGAUACUGGCAUUGAUAGGACUUUAAAUUGUAUGAUUGGACAGAUGAAGCACAUCUUGGCUGCAGAACAAAAGAAAACAGACUUUAAGCCAGAAGAUGAAAACAAUGUUUUGAUUCAGUAUACUAAUGCCUGUGCUAAAGUCUGUGCUUAUGUAAGAAAACAAGUGGAGAAGAUUAAAAAUUCCAUGGAUGGAAAGAAUGUGGAUACAGUUCUGAUGGAACUUGGAGUACGUUUUCACCGACUUGUUUAUGAGCAUCUUCAACAAUAUUCCUACAGCUGUAUGGGUGGCAUGUUAGCAAUUUGUGAUGUAGCCGAAUAUAGAAAGUGUGCCAAAGACUUCAAGAUUCCACUGGUAUUACAGCUUUUUGAUACCCUGCAUGCACUUUGCAAUCUUCUGGUAGUUGCCCCUGAUAAUUUAAAGCAAGUCUGCUCAGGAGAACAACUUGCUAAUCUGGACAAGAACAUUCUUCACUCCUUCGUACAACUUCGUGCUGAUUAUAGAUCUGCUCGCCUUGCUCGACAUUUCAGCUGAGGUCGAAUUUACAAGAGAAAUGUGUUGAUAGAAAGGCCUUGGUUGAUAGAAAGCACAGGAGAUUUCUUAUGAUACAGCCAACAUUUUAUGGAAAAAUGACUGGAGAAACAGCAGCCAUACUUAGAUUCGAAAUUUUAUUUGAAUUUGGACACUACUAACCAUAUUUUGUUUUUUCAUCCUGAAGUUGAAUUUUAAUUUCAUUUUUGAACUUAAAGAUUUCAUAUUCUAUGAAAAUACAUGUAGUUCUCAUCUUGGACAAUGUUGUUCUCAGAAUACAAAUACGUUAUCAGUGUUCUAGUCCUUACUGUUUAGCGUACUCCAAUGGGAAAUGGGAUAUUUCACCAUCCUGUUUUAUUUAAUAGGUAAAAUACAGCAAAACUACACUUAUUAUUUAUCAUUUUUAAUGACCAUUUCAGCACUCAUUGUUAAUCAAAUUAUUGUAGGUUUCCCUAGAGAACAUUUUGCUGCUUUCCUGAAGAAUUAACCUUUCAGCAUAAUUUCCAUAGUUGGUUGAUUAGACAUUUUUCUGAGGUACAGUAAUACUAUUCUAAGAAAAAUGUUAUAAACUAAACUAAAAUGAUGAAAAAUUUUAUGUAGAUAUUGAGAGUAGAUCAGAAUAGAUCUGCUUUCUGAGUAAAAGAAAAACAAAGUUUACUAUUUCUUAUUUGGUGAACAGAUUUUAAGCCAAUGAUAGCAAGAAAUUAAUGUAACUACCUUGUUUUAUAUUUCAUUUAAGAUAAGGUGGAGGGCCUUAACUAAAGGACCAUAUUUAUUCAUUAUUUUAAUAUUAUAAGGGAAGUGGAAAAGUGAGGUAUAAUCUAAAUGGUGCAUAUGAGAAGUGAAAUACUGAAAGUGUUUAGCAGGAUGCAAUUUUUUAAGAUUUUUCUGUCUUAAUGCUAAACUUGAAUAAGAUGGAGUGACUAAACAUGCAGGUAGUCUUCUAUUUUAAGAGGAAUUGGGACUGAUAAAUAGCAUGUAAAUUCUAAAAUGGGAUGAACUUUGCAAGGACUUGUUGCUAUCCAAAUCUAUAGUUUGUGUCAUCUUUUUCAAAACAUUUCUGAAGUAAUUCCUGAAUGUAGUUAAUUGAAUUGGCUUACUACGGUGACAUAAUAAAUCACUUAUAAAAUUUUAAACAUCAAGUGGAAAUUUAGAAAGGCCAUUACUCUAUAAUCUCUAUAGACUUGCUUUGCAAGAAUUCUUAAUGUGUAGUGUUUCCUCUUCCAUUGUGUUGUUCAUAAGAACGUAUAAAUUUGAAUGUUCAACUCAUUCUUAGCAUUUUUUUCACUUUAAUGUAGGCUUUUUGUCUUAAAUUUGGAAAACUGCUUUUCUUUUAAAAUUAUGUUUCUGAAUGUUCAUAACUUUACCAAAUCUUCCAACUCCAGAGCUAGUUAUUGUUUAAGUUACUAUUGACUGGAUUUCCUUUAUUUUCUGUUUAUCCCAGUGUUUUCAAGGUAAGCAAGAGAAAUGAAGUAUGCCAAUUUUAUCAAAGCAUUUUUCAAUUUUGUGGCAGCUUUAGAAGACUGUCUAGUUUUCUGUUCCUUAGCCAAUGGAAAACUAGAACAAGUUUCGGAUACUAGAGAAAGUCAUAUGCUUGUAUUGUUGCCAUUUUAGAAAGCUCUGAUGUGAAUUCAAAGUAUACCUCUGUUACUUAAAGCCAACAAUUUUAAGGCAGUAGUUUUACUGGCUAUUUGAACUCUUUGUACACUGUGUCAAUUUGUUUAAAAAAAGAAAAAAAAAAGAAAAAAUAUCAAAUAAAAUGAGAGAACAUUUUAAGACUUCCACAUUGUAGAAGCACUUCAAAUUAUUUUGUUUGAAUUAAGUUUUAAAAUGUAAAACAUAAUUGUUCCUUAAAUAUUUUGUUUAUUAUUUCCAUGCUUGAGUCAUGUGCAAUAUUUUCUACUAUGUCCAUUGAUAGGGCAGUGAUAAAACUCAUAAGUGAAUACUUAAUUUAGGCGUGUUAACAUUAAUAUUCAAUAAACAAAUUCCUGCAAUUGUUUUUUUUAUUUCACUCCAUUUUUACAUUUUAAA